CAGGUUCCUGUGCGGCUGUCGGGGGUUUCGGUGGUCAGCGAUAUAAGCCCGAAAUAAAAUCCACUGUGUGUCGGGCUCUCUUCGCCAGGCAGCUUCGCUAAAUGCGCUGCAAACCCCGAAAAGAUUGUUACCGAUUUUUAUCGAAACAACCAGAGAGAGAUCCGGAGCUUCGGCGGGGUUUUCAUGUGUUUUUGUAGGCAAUGGUCAGGGGGUGCGGCCUACCAGAGACCGCGGAUCGGCGAGAGGAUUUACGGCCUUCAAAAACACCACAAUCUCUAUUUUUAAUUGAAAGUCUGUUGCUGAAAAUAAGCAUGCGUGGAACUCGCUUCUGGAAAAGGUGAUGAAGAACCUCAAGCUCUUUUAAACUUUUGGAUGUGUCUCACAUCCAUGUCAGUUCUUCUUUGAAAUCAAACCAUAACGUGUUGUUGACACGUUUGACUUUUUUCUCCAUUUGUCGUCCUCACAAGAGCUGUCAAAAUAAGUUCCUCUCUGCCUCCCCACCUUUCCCAUCGCGGGCAGCCCAGCAAUCCCUUCCCCCUGAAUUCAUCUGGAAAGAGGUCCAACUACAGCUCAAAGCUGAAUCCAUACACUAGAGCCCGGAUGACGGAGGCGUGGCAGCAGCAUGCUGUUGCCCCGCCUCCAGUGGUGCACACCAUCCCACCAGGGGCAGAUGCACUAGGCUGCACCGUCUAUGGCAUCGUCCUCCAGCCGGACACAACGUUGCAGCAGCAGCAACAACAACAACAACAGCAGCAGCAGCAACAGCACCACAGUCAGCAGCACAACCAACAGCAGCAGCACCCGGCACAAUCACAGCAGCCCUCACUGCAUGUAGGGAACGAGGGAGGGCAUAAAUGUGGUGCAUGUGGCCAUGACAUCUCCCAUUUGGCUAAUCCACAUGAGCACCAGUGCAUGGUGAGCCAAGACCGUUCAUUUCAGUGCACACAGUGUCUAAAGAUCUUCCACCAAGCCACCGACCUGUUGGAGCACCAAUGCGUGCAGGUGGAACAGAAACCCUUUGUUUGUGGAGUGUGCAAAAUGGGCUUCUCCCUGCUAACUUCAUUAGCGCAGCAUCACAAUGCUCACAACAGCGGGAACCCCAUGAAGUGCUCUAUAUGUGAAAAAACCUAUCGGCCGGGCUCUGGAAAUGCCACCCCAACUUCAUCAGCUACUCCAGGCCAGCCAUCAAAUGAUGAAGCAUCGUCCAGUGGCAGCGCUGCUGUUGGGACAUCAGGCCAGCCUACAUUUGAGCCUUCACAUCCUGACAGACCCUACAAGUGUUCAGUGUGCACCAAGGGCUUCCGUCACUUAUCUGAGCUGACCCGUCACGAACGCGUCCACACUGGUGAAAAGCCGUUUAAAUGUGAAACAUGCGACAAAAGCUUCAGCCAGUCAUCUCAUCUAGCCCACCACCAGCGUACCCACAGCUCCGAACGGCCAUUCAAGUGUGCAGUGUGUGAAAAGAGCUUCAAGCAUCGGUCCCAUCUAGUCCGUCACAUGUAUGCCCACUCAGGCGAGCACUUGUUCAAGUGCAACCUUUGCGAGUUGCAUUUCAAAGAGUCUUCCGAGCUCCUCCAUCACCAGUGUCAGCCUCAGGGUGCUCGGCCAUUUCGCUGUGCCACUUGUGGGAAGGGAUUCAAGCGUCCUUCCGACCUAAGACAACACGAACGCACCCACUCGGAGGAACGCCCGUUCCACUGUGAAGACUGCCAGAUGAGCUUUAAACAACAAUACGCCCUGGUGCGCCACCGGCGUACACACAAGCCCUCCGCUGACCGCCCUUUCAAAUGCAACCUGUGCGACAAGGGCUUCCUGCAGCCAUCACACCUGUUGUACCACCAGCAUGUUCAUGGCAUGGACAACCUCUUCAAGUGUGCAUCGUGUGGCAAGGGCUUUAGCCAGUCCGGGGAGCUGCUUCGUCACAAAUGUGGUGAGUCUUCCUCAACACCCACAAAUCCAGACAAACCCUACAAGUGUGACGUCUGCGGAAAGGCUUACAAGAAGGCCACAACGCUACAGCGGCAUCAGAACUCCCACUGCACAGAGAAACCUCUCAAGUGCUCGCUGUGUGACCGACGCUUCCUUUCCUCCUCAGAGUUUGUGCAGCAUCGAUGCGACCCAUCUCGGGAGAAACCCUUGAAGUGUCCAGACUGUGAGAAGCGCUUCAAGUAUUCCUCAGAGAUGCAGCGCCACAGGCGCGUCCACACUGGAGAGAAGCCUUACAAGUGUGCCAGCUGUGACAAGGGCUUCAAGCAGCGUGAACAUCUAGCCAAGCAUCAAAGUGUGCAUGCUAGAGAUGCUCAGUUUAAAUGUGUAUGGUGCGGAGAGCGCUUUGCUGAUCUAGGGGCCCUUCAGGAGCACACUGUCCAGCACACAGCUGAAGGUGGGGGGUACCCUGUGUCCUCUCUCAUUCAGUAACUUGUGCCCCCAACUAAGAUUUGUAUUGUAUUAGCAAUCUCAGCAAACUACCCUGGUCAAUUUAAUCCUUACAAGGCCCAGUAACCACACAAUACCUCAAUUUUGUGAAAAACGUGCAUAUGCACCAGUAGUUAUCCCUCGAGCAGCAUACUUUGAAUGAGUUUGAUUGGCAACAAGUUAAAGAUGAAUUAUCAUUUGUUGGUUUAUGUCUGAAUCCUGGGAAGAUCCUGGGAAACAGAUCUCCGAAGUCUAUCCUAUACAGCACUGUGACUACAUUAGAAAGGUAUUUGACCUGCAUCAUGGCUUGAUGACCAGAUGUGGCUCACAAUAGAUGAGUUUCCAAUGUCAGAAAAAAAGUGUGUGUGCUAGUGCGUGCCAGGGCCAGACACCUUUACAUUGUCCUUUCCGAGUAUGUUCAGGCAACUCGGGGCUUCCUCAAGGUCAACAGUCAGGGUUUAAGGCCUGCUAAAUAUCUUUGUUCAAAAGCAGGCUAAAUGUGGAUUAUUUGAAGUGAGUCUUGUCAAUUAUGGUUUUGCCAAUACUCAAUAUUGGUCCUCUACUUUUAACCUAUCCAAGUGACAAACAAGCCCCUUUCACACAGUGAUACCGGUAAAUAUCCGGAAAAUUACUAGAACGACUUUACAGGUAAAUUCAAAUAUGUGCUGUUCACACAGGCAAGGACCAUUCACACAUCCACUCCAAAAUACCGGUAAAUUCUGACAUCACUAACCAAAAAUGAGCUGUAAAUGGCCGCAUUUGUUUUAAACAAGAAGAAGGUCAGUCCUUUCUUGAUGGUUUCACUUUUAUUUAUCAUUCAUGUAACUGCUUUUGUCCCAGAGACAGACCAAGUGACUAGGAAAAAAUCCACCAAGGUUACCAUCCGGCAGAACAACAGCUAAAAACAGCUUUGUUUACACAUUUGAUGACAUUGCAAAUUCUGAUGGAUAUUGUGAACAACUUCAAUGAAAAGAUAUGUUGGAACAUUUUCGCAUAUCGAGAUGUAGCCUACAUUUGUGUUUGUGCUGCAGCUUGUGAGAGCUUUUUUUUUUUAAACGAAAAUCUACCGGUGUUGUAGGCUACUCAAAUCUGACUCACAGGAGCACUCCACGUGCAAGCAGCUGAACGCAGAGCUCUCAGGUAAACUCACAGCGGUUUAUCAUAAGCAUUUUAUCGAUCAUUUUUUCCACAGUUCGCAUGAUCAAUGAAACGUUAACUGACUAUCAAGCAGCAGUCUGGAGAAGGAUUUAAAGACGUCAGCACCUUCUUAACGUGAAUGCGCUCUUUCCGGUAAUUUUCCUUCUGUGUUCACAUUGAGCAGCAUUCUGGGAAAUUAGCAGUAAUGUUACAACUUCGCUUUCCAGAAAAUUGCCAGACCAAAUUUACUUGUAUUUUCAAAAAGGGCCUGUUCACACAUGAUCCCUUUCCGGAAAUUCCUUUGCUGGUAAUUUUCUAGAAAAGUCUGUAUGUGUGAAAGGGGUUACAGCAGUGGUCUCAAACUCAAUUCCUGGAGGGCCACAGCUCUGCAUCGUUUAGCUCCAACUCACACACUUCGAGCAAAACUGUAGAGCUGCGGCCCUCCAGGAAUCCAGUUUGAGACCUAUGGGCUACAGUGAGCAUACAACCGGAGCAGUGGGCAGCUUUUGAUUCCAAUGCCCAUAGAGCAAUUAGAGCAGGGGUGCCCAAACUUGGUCCUGGAGGGGCUCCAAGGUUUAGUUCCAACCCCAAUUAGACACACCUGGACUAGCUAAUCAAGCUCUUACUAGGCUUUCUAGAAACAUCCUUGCAGGAGUUUUGAGGCAAGUUGGAGCUAAAACCUGCAGGACAUCGGCCCUUAAGGACUGAGUUUGGGCACCCCUGAAUUAGGGGUUAGGUGACUUGCUCAGGGGCACCUCAGCUGGGUAUUGAAGAUAUAGAGAGCGGUUCAUUCUCUCUUCCCAUCUUCAACUCCUGGCAGGACCAGGAAUUGAACCUGCAACCUUUUGAUUACAAGUCUUACUCCUUAAAUAUUUUGCCGCAACUGCCCACUAUUGAGGAGUGCCUGAAACAACUACGGAUUGCGAUCAUAUGAGGCAGAAAUAUAUCACAAUUACACAUCAAGCUAUUGCCCCUAUCUUGCCUGUUGUUAGACCUGGCUCACACUAGACCUACAGUGGAAAAGUGGCUGAUACUCCCUUUAGAAUUCAAUACCACAAGACAAAAAAUGAUUUGUUCUGCAGCAGUUUGUUCAGUGUUGAACCUUCACAUAAAAACACAGCUGUCCAUUUAUAGUAUUGCAUUGAAGUACAAGUUGAGAUACUGCUUACUGUGUGCCUCUAUGUAAUAACUCUACUCCGAUCACUAGCCUUGCUCAAAAACGAGUACAUUUUAAUGCACAUUUGGAGAACCUACUGUGCAUUUAGUUUGCCCCACAGCUAAAGACAAAACAAAAUGGGGGACGGAGUUGUGCUGUCAUGAACUGUCGAAACUGUCUGUAUAUAUCAAUGUUGACUUUCCCCUCGUUGUGGCAACUAAUGGUAUGUACCAAAAACCAUCAUCGUACUGUACCACACCCUAAAUGGGACAGAUUGUUAACCAGCAGAAGUAUAACGACCUCAGACGGUCUCUACAUUUCACUGAGAUUAUACGUAAAUAUAUAGAAUCUAUAUAGAAAUGUAAACUUCGAUCUUGUAUACAAGCGGUUCAUAUUACCACAAGACUCAGUACAGCUGUCCUGACAAAUUGCCUAAAAACCUGAAAAGGCUUCCUGUAUUACUGUAUGUACAUAGUUAGUAUGUAUGCAACUUGUUUACCAGUCCUGUCAUUAGAUAUUGUAUUGUCUUUUCUUAAACUGCACCACGAUUUUAUACUACUUUUUUUCUUCAUGUGUAAUUCAUACAUUCUUUACAUGUUUGGUUUGCCUUUUUAAAGAUUAUUUUCAUUUUUUUUAAGAUGUAGUUUUUGAUUGUAAUUGGUGUGUUUAAGGUUUGAAAGUUAGAUCUGUUUUUAUAAAGGUUUUUUGCCCCUAGCCCCUCUCUUUACCCAACAGGACUCAACUGUAUUUGUUGUAUAGUAGCCUAAAGUGUCAUCUUUUACUCUGCUGUAUAGAUUUAUGAUUAAUGAUUGAUCUCUAAUCUGCCAACAUCCUUUCUUGCCUGCAGUCAUUUGUCCUUUCACAACAUUACAGUCAGUCUUUUUUCAAUUAUUUUAUAAAAUCUGUAAAGCGUAUGACUUUUAAGAUACAUUUUUAGUUUUCUUCAAAAUCCAGGAGGAAAAGUGCUUACUUUGGGCCUCUAAGGCCUUAAUUGCAUGUUAUUUAGAUGUUUUUAGUAUAUUUCUUUGUUGCAUACUCACUAGUGCGUUCAUUUUAGAUGUUUUUUUUGUAAUGGCAUUUACUACAAUUGUAGUAUGUACAUUUUAUUCAGAGGGUAAAUGUUACUCAUACAAGAUUAAUGCUAGUUUUUCCAAGAAGCUACCACUUUUUAUAAGCCACAAUUAAUUUGAACCCCAAAAAAUGGCAGUGUUUAUGUACCCCCUUUCCCCUAAUCACAAUUUCACGUGAUCAUACCCAGGGGUGCCCAAACUCAGUCCUGGAGGGCCGGUGUUCUGCAGAUUUUAGCUCGUACUUGCCUCAACACACCUGAACGGAUGUUUCUAGAAAGCCUAUAAGAGAUUGAUUAGCUGGUCCAGGUGUGUCUGAACUAAACUUUGCAGGACACUGGCCCUCCAGGACCGAGUUUGGGCACCCCUGAUCUUACCUGUGGCAAAGUGACAUUGUCAGCUCUGUUGCUUAUGCAGUAUUAUCCAUUGAGAAACAUCUCCCCCUUUCACACUUCGGUUUUCCCUAGUACUGUACAGCAGGGUUAGAGGUCAUAGUGAACCUUUGGCCUUAAGAAGGGGCAUCUAGUUUCACUGUAGAACCCUUUGCCUCCAUUUUGUUUUCACUUUAAGGUAUCUAUUUAUCUAUUGUUUUAAUUAUGAAGGGGCUUUUUUGUAACUGUAGGCAUUAGGAAUCAAAGAGCAGUCGGAUUUGAAAAGUAUAUUGUUUUUUUUUAUGCUUUCACAUUUGUAUAUUAAUUUUUCAAUUAAUAUUGUUUAAAAUGUCUAUAUAAAUAUCUAUAUUAUUGGCAGACGUAUCAAGACCACAGGGAAAUGUUAUAUUUGAUGGCUUUUCUCUGGUUUUGAGACCUCUUCACCCGUGCAUGCCUGCUGUGUUAGUUCCCGUUAUCUGUUCCAAGUUUUUUGCGUGUCUGAGCGCACGUACUUCACCUUAGCUUUUUUUCAAAUUGUAGAUUGUGAAUGAGCUAGUAAGAAAACUCCAUGUGGCGGUUGAUGUGACAUUCAUGCUGAAAUAUCUGUAUGUAGCAUUUAAUAUACACAGCACUAACUAAUAAACCUUUUCAUUAAUAA